GGCCGCGCCGUCGGUGCCGGAGGUGCUGCGGGUGCGGUGCCUUUAAGGAGGCGGCACCGCCUUCUCCCUUCCCUCCCCGCUGCUGCCGGGAGGCGCCGGCCGGAGCCGAGGCAGCACGGACGCGUCCGGACACUGCUGGUUGAGAGCGAGCGAUCCCGGGCGCAGCGAUGUCGGAGGCCGUGGAUCUGUCCUUCCUGUCGGAUGUGGAGAAGGAUUUGAUCCUGCAGGUCCUGCAGCGCGAUGAGGAGCUCCGCAAAGCGGAGGAGAGGAGGAUCAGGCGCCUCAAGAACGAGCUGCUGGAGAUCCGUCGGAAGGGGGCCAAGCGCGGCAGCCAGCGCUACAGCGAGCGGACCUGCGCCCGCUGCCAGCAGAGCCUGGGCCGGGUCAGCCCCAAGGCCAACACUUGCCGGGGCUGCAACCACUUGGUGUGUCGGGACUGCCGCUCCUACGGCCCCAACAGCGCCUGGCGAUGCAAAGUCUGCUCCAAGGAGGCCGAGCUGAAGAAGACAACAGGCGACUGGUUCUAUGACCAGAGGGUCAACCGCUUCGCCAACCGCCUGGGCAGCGACAUGGUGCGGCUGUCCCUGCGGCACAAGGCAGCAGCCAGCAAAAGGGAGACGGUUGGACAAACCCUCCUCCAGAAAGCCCAGCUUGGGGAGCCCCAAAGCUCCUCCCCAGUGCAGAAGCAGAGCCCCCCAGCACCGCGGGAGGGGCCCAGCUUGUUUCCAGAUGCCUCAGACCCUCGGGAUGGCAAAAGCGACACAGAAUCCAUGGAAAACAUGAGCCUGGAUGGCUACAGACCGAGUCCUGGUGGGCUGGGGGGCAGGAGUAACUCCCUGGAGAGAGCCGCCCCUCUCCGAGAUGGAAAACAGGUUCCUGCACCAGCAGGACCUGCUGCCUCCAGCCUCACCCUCCCUCUCCACUCCAAGCACGUGUUCUCCGGACGGGAUGCUGUCGUGGGGAGCCGCAGCAGCGCCUUGGAGGAGCACGAAAGGAUGUUCAAGAAGAACCCGCGUCGGGUGGUGAGGCCGGCGGACUACACCAAGUCGGUGAUCGACCUGCGCCCCGAGGACUUCGUGGGGGAAGGCGGCUCUUUGGGGGACAGGAGCAAGUCAGUCCCAGGCCUCAACACGGAGCUGGAGGAGGAGGAGGAGGACAUCGAUAACCUGGUGGAGAUCCAUCGGCAGAGGGUGGCCCGGAGCAGCCUGCGCAGCGGCACCUCCUCCAGCACACUGGGGAGCAUGGUCAGCAUUUACAGCGAGGCCGGGGACUUCGGCAGCGUCGCGGUCACGGGGGGGAUCUCCUUCUCCUUGAGCUACGAGCAGAAGACACAGACCCUGUUCAUCCACGUGAAGGAGUGCCGCCAGCUGGCCUAUGGGGACGAGGGCAAGAAGCGCUCCAACCCGUACGUGAAGACCUACCUCCUGCCCGACAAAUCCCGGCAGGGGAAGCGCAAGACAACCAUCAAACGCAACACCAUCAACCCGCUGUACAAUGAGCUGCUCAAGUACGAGAUCCACCGGUCCCUGCUGCCCGAGAGGACGCUGCAGUUCUCGGUCUGGCACCACGACCGCUUUGGCCGCAACACGUUCCUGGGCGAGGUGGAGGUGCCGCUGCACGCCUGGGACUUCCAGAGGCACCUGGAGGAGUUCCUGCCCCUGCACGGCAAGAUUGGGGUGGAUGCUGCCAGUCUUCACCAGUACAAGGGGGAGCUGGUGGUGUCCAUGAAGUACAUCCCAUCUCCCAAGCACCCUGUGGCUGGGCACAGCAGGAAGGGCAAAACAGGGGAAGGGGGCGAGCUCCAGGUCUGGAUCAAAGAAGCCAGGAACCUCACGGCUGCCAAAUCCGGGGGGACCUCGGACAGCUUUGUCAAGGGCUACCUCCUCCCGCACAAGACCAAAGCCUCCAAGAGGAAGACGCCGGUGGUGAAGAAGACCCUGAACCCGCAUUACAACCACACCUUCGUCUACACCGGCAUCAACCCUGAGGACCUGCAGCACAUCUGCCUGGAGCUGACGGUCUGGGACCGGGAGCCACUGUCCAGCAAUGACUUCCUUGGCGGUGUCCGGCUUGGAGUGGGCAAUGGCAUGAGCAAUGGGCAAGCUGUGGACUGGAUGGACUCCACGGGCGAGGAGCUGAACCUCUGGCAGAAGAUGUGUCAGUACCCGGGCUCGUGGGCAGAGGGGACACUUCAGCUCCGCUCCACCAUGGCCAAGCUGAAGCUGUAGGCACUGGGACUGGGGAAUACAGUCACUGCAUGGCCCAGCAGAGCUGCCAAACGGGGCUUGUUCUGGUUUACCCUUAGGCUUUAAUAAACAUCACCUUCUCUAAACAGGCUCGGGCAGAAAGUCUUCUUGGCCCAGCUUUGUU